UCUCUGAUUUGCCGCGAAGUUGUGUUUUACGACACUUUUAAGAGUACCAAAAGGCAGCAUACCUUCACCCGGCUGUGCUGUGAUAUUGAGAGGUCAUACAUUUACAAAAAAAUUAAAGAAAGCAAACCAGAAAACCAGGAUGUCUGGAGAGCUGUCCCUCAACAUAAACAUCAAGGAGCCACGAUGGGAUCAAGGCACAUUUAUGGGGCGUGCCAAGCACUUCUUUAUGGUCACAGAUCCCAGGAACGUCCUGCAGUCCUCUGAGACUCUGGACGAGGCCAGAGUGAUCGUGGAGAACUACAGAGCAGGGACUGUGAAGCCUGGCCUGACGGAGGAUGAGCUCUGGAGAGCCAAGUACAUCUACGACUCUGCCUUCCACCCCGACACGGGCGAGAAGAUGUUUGUGAUUGGGCGGAUGUCUGCUCAGGUGCCAAUGAACAUGUCCAUCACAGGCUGCAUGCUCACCUUCUACAGGACUACUCCAGCAGUGGUGUUCUGGCAGUGGGUUAACCAGUCCUUCAACGCUGUCGUCAACUACACCAACCGGAGUGGAGAUGCCCCCAUGACCGUGAAUCAGCUCGGUGCAGCCUAUGUCAGUGCUACUACUGGAGCUGUAGUCACUGCCUUGGGACUCAAGUCUCUAGCUACGCGUCUCCCUCCAAUCGUCAGCCGGUUUGUCCCCUUUGCUGCUGUUGCUGCUGCUAACUGCAUCAACAUUCCCUUCAUGAGACAGAGGGAGUUGAAGUAUGGUAUCCCUGUGACGAAUGAGAAUGGAAACAGGUUAGGAGAGUCUGCUAAUGCUGCCAAGCAGGCCAUCGUGCAGGUGGUGGUGUCAAGGAUCGGCAUGGCAGUGCCAGCAAUGGCCAUCCCUCCUGUUAUAAUGAAUGCUCUGGAGAAGAAAGCUUUCAUGAAGCGGUUCCCAAUUCUAAACGCUCCAGUCCAGGUGGGGCUCGUCGGUCUGUGCCUGGUGUUUGCAACUCCUCUGUGCUGCGCCCUGUUUCCACAGAAAAGCUCUAUGAGCGUGAGCGGGCUGGAAGCAGAUCUGCAGGAGAGGAUACGACAGACCAGUCCCCACACCACCACUGUCUACUUCAACAAGGGCCUGUAGGACCAGCCAAUCUAUCUCCGUGCACACAAACAAGAUUUGACACUCACACAUAUACUCAUGUAUACAUACACAUGUCUGUUGUCCUGGGGGCACAAGUGGGAGGGCAAAGCAAAAUUUAUUUAUGCUUUUUUUUUUGUUGUGUGUACUGCUACAUUUGUUUUUUGAAUUUGACAAGGGCAAUGAUUAUUUGAGGGCAAUGAUAAUUUGGAAAACAGGAUUUACUGAAGGGAAAACAAAACACCUUGAAGGAAGAUCAUUGAUGGUUCUCUGUGUACGUAGAUGGCACUCCUUAGAAAAGAGAAAAUGACUUUGAUGAAUUAAUUUUUUUUUCUUCUUUUUUAAAAUUGUGUCGUGGUGUGUUUUCUGUCUUCCUUUGGUCAAAACUGCCUAUAGGGUGGCAGUUCAUGAAGUUACUGACUUGUGUUUGACUCACUAAUAUUUCAUGUUGCAUUCAGGUUCAUUCAAGUUCUCCGAUUAAUAAUGUGUAAUUUCUUGUAAGUCGUGCAUUGCCUCCGAAUGUAAAAUAAUCUUUUUUGCAUUUCCAAUUCUACCCAAGUCAUUGUCACAUUAUUCUGUUAAUUAACUUACAGACUGACCACAGUAUGUUAAAAUGUUUCAGUUUACCUCUAAAUAGUCCAACCCCUGGUGAAGAAGUUCCUCUUUUGUUGUACUCUGCCUCCUUGUUAACUGGUGCAGCUUCUUACUCCCUUCAACUCUCCUUUAAGUGUACUUACACCCCUUCAUAGUCUUAGACCAGAUAAUGAGGUGCUAGGUACAUGUGGCAAAACAAUAUAUUGGAAUUAUAUUAAAAAAGCUCACACAGCACAGCCACAGAGUACAUUAGUUAACUGAUGAGUGUGAUCUUUUCUAAGCAUAAAUAUCCAUUGUUGCCAUGGCAGUGGCAGCAUGUGUUCAAGGCCUUUUUAUCAUCUGAGAUCACUUAAUGACCUACCGCAGCCGCUACCUCUAGUAGCAUCAAUUAGUUCUUUGAUUGUUGUUGGUGAUGUUGCUUGUUUGGUGGUUUGGUGUUUGAGUCACGUGGAGAGUAAUGUCGUUUUGUGUCUACGUGUUGUUGCUAAGAGGAAAUGUUAUGAUCAGACCACAGUUGUCAUGCAGAAACUUUGUAACUCCAGUUUUGUUGGUUCGAAUGUUCACACUUGACCAGAUAGGUUACAUGAGCAGGUUGAAAAAAUUCAAAACUUUGGUUUUGUCAAGUGGUUGUCAAGCUGAGCUGUCUAAUUAAGUUAGAGAUACAGGGUUUUUAUGUGCAACAAAUAGCUAGCCAUCUGCAAAUCUGUCUUUUGCACUCGAGCCAUUGAUGCCCCAUUGUACCAAAUGAAAGUAGCUAUUGUUGUGUGAGAGUCAGAAUACUAAAUGCUUAUAUCCAGGUCAGGGCAGUGGGUAAUUGUGUGGAUGGUCUUUGUUGUGCUUCGUUAAAGUGGAUAGCUGGGCUGGGUUUGAGCUUCUCUGAUCAAAUUCAUUCACAUUGUUGACCAAGCUCUCCAAACACACAACCAUUGUGGUUAGAUAGUGGUGAUGGUGUACUUGAGAAAGAAUCAGCUGAAUUUACACCUGUGCUGUCUGAUGUAAGAAUAAGUAUAUUUUUCUUGGAUAUAUUUAUAAAUAUUGUGUGUGUGUAUAUAUAUAUAUAUAUAUAUAUAUAUAUAUAUAUAUAUAUAUAUAUAUAUGAUAUAUAAUGUAUGGAGCACAUAUGCAUGAAGGAUUUUAGAGAUUUUAACUUGAAGGUGUGCCUCUGUUGGUGAAUCCAGCAGAUGGCCCCACGUAUACACCAGAAAUCAAUGUCAGCUGCUUAGCUGGUUGUGUUACAGGAGUACAGAGGAGUGUUGAUGGACGAGAACUCCUCUUGCUUUAGGGCUAAUGAGCUUUCAGAUUAGAUGAGUGGUUCCUCUAGUUCGGACUUGACUUGAUACACAGAACACAGUCACAGAUUAAUAACUGUGAUUCAAUGUUUGUGAUUUUUCAUGUACAAAAAAAUACAGUAAGAUUGUACAGGCCAUGCUCAUACUUAGAUUCAUCUCCAUUAAGCAUCGUACGAUCAUUCAUUUAAACUGACUGAAUGUUACAGGACUGUAGCAACUGCACCACUGCUGCAUCUUUAUGAAAGAACUUCUAUGCAGACAGAAAUACACAAUGAUUGUGCUCGUGUGUGAUCCUGAAAUUCAAUGGUUUCAUUCCAAAAUGCUAUCCAGAUCGUUUUUGAAAAUUGUUCCCACCUCAAAUUCAGACCCUUAAAGAGUGUCUUGAUAUGACUCCUAACAUCUGUAUGAGAAUGUCUUUUUUUAUUUUUAAAUGAUGGAUAUCUCAUUUUGGUAUGAAACUAUUCUUUCAGCUGCUCUUUUACUCACCAUUGUCUUUUUCUAUUUUAAUGUAAACACUGAACCCCCGGAGCAACAAUCAAACUCUUUGUAUCGUCCAUGUAAACAGACGGUAGCUACUGUCUGUUCCUCCAGCUGUAACACUAAGACAUGACCACAUGCACUGCAGGACAGUGUUUCAGAGUUAGCAUCACUACUGUAUUCCAGUAUUUGUUAAAUACCGUGACUACAUCAUUAAUACAUCUUUUUUUCUGCUACAGUGCUGAUGGUAGUUGUUGUGUUUAGGGUGUUUUCCUGCUGAGGGUAAAACUGCACUAUAUAACCUUUGCUGUGCUGCUGUAGGAGCUAGAUGGAUGUGUAUUGCUAUUUAAAAUGAGCUUUUUGAAAAUGUAUAUUGAAGAUUGUAUUUGUUUAUUGUGCUGGAUAACAUUGAAAGAAUCAUGAUAUUGCAAAUUCGUAAUUCAUUCAUUAUCUGGCAGCUUUCAUUGCUCUGCUUGCUUUGUUUUUGUUUGUUUUGUUUUUGGGUUUUUUUUGUAUUAAGGCGCAGAAAUGUCAAGAACAAAACUGGACAGUUUUAGUGAGCAUUUAAACACAUCUGUAAACAUAUAUCUCAGCUUGUGACUGUGCUGAACCACCGUAACAUGUCACACCCAUAGAUCUAGCCAAAGAUGAGACGGGUAUGAACUGUACAGGAUUGAGGGGGAAGAAGUGUGUAACUUUUUAAAGUUUUCGUUUCAGCUUUAUUGUAUGGACCUUUUUUGCCAGGUUUUCUCAUGCAAAUACACGUUUCAGAUUUUUUUUUUUUACAGCAGUGGUCCUCAACCUUGUCAGUGAAACACCAAAAUUUUCAACAUCACAAAGCACUGUCUUUAACACAAAGUUAACAAAUUAAAGACAUAAAUAAAUCCCAACUGGCAUUUUAGUUAACAGUCAGACUUUUAGCAUUGAUUUUAUUGACAUAACAAUAAAAUCUCAUCAUAAACUUGACUUUAUUCCAGAUAGUAGCAGUGAAUUUUGGCACAUUGGUUGAGCACCCACUAAUUUAAACUUGUGUGCACUGUUGUGCAUGCCAUGACAAAAAAAAUCUAAUCUUUGCAUACUGAAAGCACAAAUGUAAAGACAAUCUCUGUUACUGUUACACUCAUGAAUGUUUUUGGUUGUUUCAUGUACAUACAAACUUACAUACACGCAUUUGGUCUUGUCAGUAUUGGUGCACAGUGUUUUCUCCCUCUAUUUUGUAUUGUGUUGAAAUAUAUUUCCUUGAUGUGAAAUGUAUUUUACUCAGAACAAUAGAAUAAAAUGUGUAACAUUAAUGUCUAAA